AUGUACGAUACUACGAAUAUGGCACAUACUGCGACGUCGGUGUUCCGUACAGUACCGAGUGGUACAGACGUCCGUAUCAGCCAGUGUCCAAUGCACGCCCGCUACUCAACCACCACCACCAUUACACUCACCACCUACCACCUACCACCAACCACCAACCACCACACCACCAAAGAUCGCUUUCAGCCCUUCUCGGCUGAGACCGUUAACAUUGAGCGAUCUUACCAUACAGCCACCUUUACUGCUACUUUUCGCUUCCACGUCGGCUUCGCACCUCACGUCCGACCGCCAAACACAACACCGCAUCCUUACUCCGUUGCAAAGGCGCAAGCCUUCCGUCCCAGCGACAUCUGUGUCAUCACCACAAAAACUCUGACAUCCACAACCCUCGCAGCCGACGAUAAUUACUUCAAGCGCUUGAUAUCCAACUCUUAG